AUGGAGGCUGCGAAGCGCAGCUCGUCCGCCGGCAGCCGGGACGAUGGCAGCGCGAACGCCUUCCCCGCCAAAGCGGCGGCGCCGGCGGAGAAGGCGCAGGGCAGCCCCGGCGGCGUGAAGGAGCACGGCAACUCGGUGUGCUUCAAAGUGGACGGCGGCGGCGGUGAGGAGCCCGCCGUGGGCUUCGAGGAUGCCGAGGGUCCGCGGCGGCAGUACGGCUUCAUGCAGCGGCAGUUCACCUCCAUGCUGCAGCCCGGCGUCAACAAAUUCUCCCUCCGCAUGUUCGGCAGCCAGAAGGCGGUGGAGAAGGAGCAGGAAAGGGUUAAAACUGCGGGGUUCUGGAUCAUACACCCCUACAGCGACUUCAGGUUUUACUGGGACUUAAUCAUGCUCAUAAUGAUGGUUGGAAACCUUGUCAUUAUACCAGUUGGAAUCACAUUCUUCACAGAACAAACAACAACACCAUGGAUUAUUUUCAAUGUGGCAUCAGAUACUGUUUUUCUAUUGGACUUGAUCAUGAAUUUUAGAACUGGGACUGUUAAUGAAGACAGCUCUGAAAUAAUACUGGACCCUAAAGUCAUUAAGAUGAAUUACUUAAAAAGCUGGUUUGUGGUUGACUUCAUCUCAUCAAUACCAGUGGAUUAUAUCUUUCUCAUUGUAGAAAAAGGAAUGGAUUCAGAGGUUUACAAGACAGCAAGAGCACUUCGUAUCGUGAGAUUUACAAAAAUCCUCAGCCURUUACGUUUAUUGCGACUUUCAAGACUGAUUAGAUACAUACACCAGUGGGAAGAGAUAUUCCACAUGACWUAUGACCUGGCCAGUGCUGUAGUGAGAAUUUUUAAUCUCAUUGGAAUGAUGUUGCUGCUUUGCCACUGGGAUGGUUGUCUUCAGUUUUUAGUACCAUUACUCCAGGAUUUCCCACCAGAUUGCUGGGUGUCCCUAAACGGUAUGGUUAAUGAUUCCUGGGGAAAGCAGUAYUCCUAUGCACUCUUCAAAGCCAUGAGCCAUAUGCUCUGCAUUGGUUAUGGAGCCCGUGCCCCUGUCAGCAUGUCCGAUCUCUGGAUCACCAUGUUGAGCAUGAUUGUGGGGGCUACUUGUUAUGCCAUGUUUGUUGGUCACGCGACUGCCCUAAUUCAGUCCCUGGAUUCUUCACGACGACAAUAUCAAGAGAAGUACAAACAAGUGGAACAGUACAUGUCAUUUCACAAAUUACCUGCCGAAAUGCGCCAGAAGAUCCAUGAUUAUUAUGAACACCGCUACCAAGGCAAGAUUUUUGAUGAAGAAAAUAUUCUCAAUGAGCUCAAUGAUCCUCUGAGGGAGGAGAUUGUCAACUUCAACUGUCGCAAGUUGGUUGCUACGAUGCCUCUUUUUGCUAAUGCAGACCCAAAUUUUGUGACUGCCAUGCUAAGCAAGCUGCGAUUUGAGGUGUUCCAGCCUGGCGAUUACAUUAUUCGAGAAGGGGCUGUGGGUAAGAAGAUGUAUUUCAUUCAGCAUGGUGUCGCUGGAGUCAUCACCAAAUCCAACAAGGAGUUGAAGCUGACUGAUGGCUCCUACUUUGGAGAGAUUUGCCUGUUGACCAAGGGCCGCCGCACUGCCAGUGUACGAGCUGACACRUACUGCCGCCUGUACUCCCUCUCCGUGGACAACUUCAAUGAGGUUCUGGAAGAGUACCCCAUGAUGAGAAGGGCCUUUGAAACAGUGGCCAUUGAUAGACUGGACAGGAUAGGCAAGAAGAAUUCGAUCCUCCUGCAGAAGUUCCAGAAAGAUCUCAAUACGGGCGUCUUCAACAACCAGGAGAACGAGAUCUUGAAGCAGAUCGUGAAGCACGACAGAGAGAUGGUGCAGACCAUCGCGCCCGUUAGCCUGCAGCAGCUGCCCACGCUGAAYGCCAGCACCUCCGCGGUGUCGUCGUCAUCGUCGUCGCGCCUCAGGACGCAGUCUCCUCCGGUCUACACGGCCACCAGCCUCUCCCAUGGGAACCUGCAGUCGCCCUCACCGAGCACGCAGACCCCGCAGCAAGCCGUCAUCCUCUCGCCGUGCUCCUACACCACGGCUGUCUGCAGCCCGCCCGUACAGAGCCCGCUGGCAGGCCGAACUUUCCAGUACGCCUCGCCGACGGCGUCGCAGCUCUCCCUCAUGCAGCAGCCGCCGCAGCCGCCGCCRCCGCAGCCCGCCCCGUCGCAGAAGAGCGAGGUGCACAAGAGCACGCAAGCCCUGCACAACACCAACCUGACGCGGGACGUGCGGCCCCUGUCUGCCUCGCAGCCUUCCCUGCCCCACGAGAUCUCCACGCUCAUGGCGAGGCCUCACCCCACCGUGGGCGAGUCGCUCGCCUCCCUGCCGCAGCCGGCACCGGCGGGUCCCAGCGUGGCGCCGGCCGCCCGGGGCAGCACCGUGCCCCAGCGGGUCGCGCUCUUCCGGCAGAUGUCGUCGGGAGCCAUCCCCCCAAACCGGGGCGCCGUGCCGCCCGCCACCCCGCUGCCGAGGGAUUCUUCCACAGUCUUAAGCACAGAUCCCGAGGGAGACAAACCGCGAUUUGCGUCAAACUUAUGAUCCCUGGAAACUGUGAAAAAAAAUAAAAAUAUAAAACCAACAGACUUUAUAAUGAACUGAGAAUCAUCCCAGGAACUCUUUUAGCCAGUUUCCUAAUAUACCCCAGCA